GGGAGAUCAAUCUGCUUAAUUUGUCAACAAUAUGUCGGCCGGUUUGUGAUAUAUCUCACAGACGUCUCAGUAUCUUAUCACAGGCUUUUACACUUUAGUAGCUCCAGAUCAUGUCAGAAAUAGAUACUAACUUUUCACAAGAGUGUGAAUUGGGGAACCCCAAAAAGUUGACUAUAACUAAACCCAAACAUUUCAAUCACAAGCAAUGGAGAGCCUACUUGAAGAAAAUGAAAAGAAAGGAAAAGAGAACUGCUGCAGCAAAAGAGAGAGAACGGCAGGAAAAUAAUGAAGCCGCAGAUGAUCUUAAAAGUGAUUCAGAAGAGGAAAGAGAGCGAGAGCGAGAAGAAAAUGAAAGUAGAAUACAAAAUGAACUUUGGUUGGAGCGUGAAAGGCAAGCUCAGGCAGCAUUCAAGGCUAAGAAAGAAAGAGAGGAGUUUGAAAAGAAGCGUAUAGAAGAAAUUGAGAGAAAAAUUAAAGAAGAAUGGGAAGAGAGGGAGAGAAAAGAAAAAGAGGAACGAGAGGCCAAGGAGAAACAAGAACAAGAAAAACGUCUCAAGCAGGACAAGCUUCUUAAGGAAGCAACAGCUAAUGAAAAUCCAAGUGCCUGGCAUAACCCUUUAGCCCCUGUACACUAUGGAACAGAACGUCAAGUCGAUGCCUGUCCUUUCUUUAAAAAGAUGGCAGCGUGUAGAUUUGGGGAUCACUGCUCACGUUUUCAUGAUUACCCUGAAGUCAGUCACACCAUCUUGAUACCAAACAUGUUCUCAAGUUUUCAGCUGGAGCAAUCUAUCGUUGACAAUUAUGAUACAGAUGUUAGUUUGGAAUAUGAUGAGAAUGAACUGUACAAUAGCUUCAAGGAUUUUUAUGAGGAUAUUGUUCCUGAGUUCAAAUCUGUUGGCACCAUAGUCCAGCUAAAAGUCUGCUGUAACUGUGAGCCACAUCUACGUGGGAAUGUCUAUGUCCAAUACAAAAGGGAGUCAGCAGCGCAAAAAGCUUUUGAGAAAUUUAAUGCUCGGUGGUAUGCAAGUCGUCAGCUGACUUGUAUAUUUGUCAAUAUUGAGUCCUGGAAGUCUGCUAUUUGUGGACUGGCCUCAAAAAAACGUUGCCCCAAAGGAAAGUCCUGCAACUUUUUACAUGUGUUUAGAAACCCUGGUGGAGAGUUUACAGAGUUAGAUUAUGAUGAUGUCUCUACAGACAGAAGUGACCGCCAGAAUGGUAAAGACAGAGCCGGCUCUCAGAGGCAUUACUCAAGAGACUCUGUACAACAUGGCCAGUCUAGAAGACAAUCUUCUUCCUCGUAUCAGUCAUCAAGACACAGGUCACGCUCUCCAUCUUCAUCUAGGUCACGUUCUUCCUCUAGAAGGUCGCAUUCUUCAAGAAAGUCAACACACUAUCGAUCAAGGUCUAGGUCAAGAUCAAGGGACAGAACACACAGAUAUGACAGACCAAGGUCUAGGUCUCCAAGACAAAGAAAAGUUUCACAGUACAGCCCCGAGCCACAACAAUCUAGAAAAAGAUAUUCAUCAAGAAUGUCUGAACAAAACGCAAACAAAAAUGAAACUGUAGCUGAUGAAAAACAUUCCAGAAGCAAUAAAAGUAAAUCUUCCCUGCUAUCAUCUUCACCAUCAUCAAAUAGUGGUUCUGAAUCUGACAAGUCAAGUUCAGAAAGUAACUCUGACUCCAGCUCAGAUGAAGAAAUUGUUUAUGAAUAUAUAGAGAAAACCAAAGAAACAUUACAUCACUAGAACACAGCCUAAUUCAUAUUUCAUUUGUUGUUGAUUAAAGAAGAUAUUUAGUGCACUAAAUUAUUUUAGUGAAAGUUAUUUUAGACAUGUAUAUAAAAAAAAUGUACCUUCUCUUGUUUUAAUUUUUGUUUACAAAAAUGUUAUGUUUAUAAAGUUUUUAAAAUUUAGUCAUUGAAGUUGAUGACAGUUGUUUUAAUACAUUAAAAUUCACUUAAAAAGAA